UCUUCUCGUACAUAAAUAAGUCUUAUUAAAUUUAUAAAAUAAAAAGAAAGAGCCAAAAAUACACCUAAAAGGGAUAAAAGAAUGCAUGAAAAUAGUUGAACAAACAUUAUUCAGAAUUCACACCAACCAAACUGCAAAGUCCAAAUGCCAAGCUUUCAUGUUGCCCACUUUCCAAUUCCCAAUUCUUAAUUUCAUCACUUAUCUUAUGACCAUUUCACCCUUCUCUCUCUCCCUUUUAAUACCUCUUCACGUUCUCACAAACCCAUUCUCAAAACUCAUACCAUAACAACGACAACAUCAUCAUUCUCGAAGCUCCAAAUUCAACCAUGUCGAAAGGAGGAAAACUAACCAAGCUGAAGUCAGUGCUCAAGAAAUGGAACUCCUUCAGCAGCAAACAGACCCAAGCCACCAUCACCUCCGUAGCCAGCGACGGUGACUCCUCGUCGCUCCGCCCCGUGUACGUUGGGAAGACGCGGCGGCAGUACCUGGUGAGCGCGGAGGUUGUCGGACACCCGCUGUUCCGGGAGCUGGUGGACAGGUCCCGCGACAGCAGCUCGGAGGAGGAGGAGGACAGCAUCAACGUGGCGUGCGAGGUUGUUCUGUUCGAACACUUGCUCUGGAUGCUCCACAACGCCGAUCCUCAACCUGAGUCGCUGGACGAACUCGCCGAUUUUUACGCCUGCUGAUUGUUCAUGCCUCGGUAACACAUGAGAGCGUGCAAGUGAAAACGUUUUUCAAAUUAAAUUGCCACUGUAAUUGUGAAUUUGUGCUUGUGUAUGCUGUUGAUCUUCAUCAACCAUAACAAAAUAUUUUAAUUUUAACAAUCAUAGAUAUGAGA